AUGCUACCCGCUAUGCUUAUCACAGGGGCGCGGUCUAAAACGCGAAGCGGCGCUGUCAGAGGGAAUCAAUUUAUGGAUCCUCUGCAUUCCUCGCUUGAUUGUGACGAGUCUAACGCGAUUUAUGAUAAAUCACCCGCUAUCAGGGAACCGUGGGACGUGCGGGGUGCGGGAAAUGUAGCCGCAGUAUGGAAUGAUGAUGAUCUUUUUAAGUGUGAUGGUAUGCCUGUCCAGGAGAUACCAUUUAACCUCUGCUUUAAUGAUGGGUUCAUUAAACUGUCUACGGUAGAUGGAAGGGGGAAAAGAGUUACUCUCCUGUUUUUCCAAGAAACGUCCAUCAAAUUCGUGCAUUGCGGCACCUUCCAACAACGAAGUAGUGAAACGCCAGCUUACUUCUAG